UCCGAUCACUCUACAUAAUUUUCAUAUCGUCAGGCCCCAACGGAGAUACUACAUAGUGUGUAGUACAAAAAUAGUUGUAAAGGACGGUCGACGUCCUCCCGAUACGAACACUUCCAAACUCAGGGCUUACACUUAGUGUAUGUUGAACGCGAGCUACAACCUAGAUUCUUUUACAUCUUUCGUAGAAGGAAGACAAGGAUCGUUACUGUAGCAGGUGCCUGAAGAAUUUUCGUUGACCUAAAUUGCAAGAGGAAAUAAAGAUGACGCGCGAAGGUCGAACGAAGCUCGAGCCGUUCAAGCUUCCGAAGCCCCCACUGGGUCCACCCCCAGAGUGGCGGAACAAAGAGGCAAGCGCCCAGGUCCGGGCGAUAGACAUGGCGCCGGUCGUCUGCUUGCACGACGGCAUGAAGAGCGGUGGUACGUUUUACCGGGCCGGAUUAAAGCCAUCCGGGGCGCCACGACUAAGGAACAUAUCGAGAAAGCGCUGCACAGUAGAAACGCCCGAGCUGGCAGAGCAAUAUUAUAGGCUGCAGAAGAGGUAAUUUAUUGUCUUAUUUCAGCCGGUUGAAUUUGAAUGGAAUCAUGCAAAACGUAAACCCGAACACAUCACUCGCCAAUCCAAAUGUUCAAGAACUCGAGCGAUCCUGAUUCAAGAAAGAUAUUACUUGAAACUCCUUCAGCAAAUUCAGUAUGACAUCGCACGUCCAAUCCAUAAACAACAGGUGCGUCGUCGCACAGAAGAGCACUCGUGGUCUUUUCGGUGUGAUGCAGGGUAAGUCAAGGACGGUAACGCACGCGAUAUCUGACGUGGACCAUCGCCUGCAGAUCAUGCGGAGCAUGCUAUCCUAUGUAAAAACAUCCCCACCCCAGAGUUGUCAUGCAGAUUUGCAAUGACAAGAACAUUUGUGAUGCGCAUCCCUAUGAUGGGCACUUCCAGUCGUGUUUUGGAAUUUGUAAUGCUGUAAAUAGGAUACGCAUCUCGAUUUGUGAUGCGGCUGUCCUUGCUAACCUGCACUACACUACGGGCUGCAACUUGUCAUGCGUGGCAUCCAAAACUCCUGGAUCUGUGUUGCAGAGAUCCCAACUUCACUAUGGUGUGGGGACGUUUAUACUCAGGAUACAUGCCAGAUCUGACGGUUCCUCCGGAUGAGUUCGAGGAAUUUAUGGAGAACGUUAUUACAGUGAAAAGUGCCCCCCACCCCCAAAGUUGCAAAAAUUUGUGAUGCUAAGAUUCCAAAUGAAAACUUUUUGUCAUGCAUGAAAAGAGUAUGAAUCUUUCUGAUGCAGAUUCUAGUCGUGUUUCGCAUCGCUUGCAUGACAAGCACCGCUCUCGCUGGGUUCUUUUGCAAUACAAAUUUUUGCUAUUCACGAUCGGAAAUCUGUGAUGCUGAUACAUGCAAGAGGGCGAAUGUUUCAUUUGGAAAGGUUUGCAAUACAAAUGCUUUCAAGUUCGGGGGUGGGGGCAUUUUUCAUUGUAAUAAACGUUUUAGCGCAACCGAAGCUUCGGCCGCCACCGGAUUCUUCACGGCAAGUUGGCUCGCUGCAACACAUCUUCCCGAUCAGGGAUUGGAAGAACGGCGGGAAAGUGAAAAAAGUGGGAAGCAAAUAAUAGCUGUCGCACAUGCCAAUAUAUGAUUUGUUGAUAGUACAUCAUCACUCUUGUUUAUUGCCACAAAGCUUGUUGUUCAUCCGCUUUCUUCAAUUUGGUUUGCUACAAAAAACUGUACCGUACUCUAUGCGCUGGAAAGAUCGAUGCGGCUUUCGUGCUCAUUUUCUCUCCUAGUGUGUUGGUUUGCUUUUUGUACAAAAAAUCGGCUUGCGAGAAUUGACCAAGAAGAACUUUCCGCACUGUAUAACACUUGUUGCUUCUAAAACUCAAAGAUUGCCAAUUAACUUUACAACCUCGACGACUGGACUCGUAGCCGUGUCAACACGGCGUCCAGUGGGCAGAAGCCAGCGGACCAGGUUUUGCUUCUCGCACCACUGGAAUUCUCAGCCAUGUUCUUGAGAGGAUCCAGAGGCAGGGAACGUAUCUACGAGAGACGUCCAAAUUACAGUGAAAAUGAUCAAAUGAGCGG